ACCUGCAGAGAUGUGGUGGAGCUGUGCAAGGAGCCUGGUGAGAGUGAGUGCCACCUGGCUGAAGUGUGGUGUGGCUCAGAACGUCCUAUAGCCGAUAAUGAACGCAUGCUGGAUGUUUUGCAGCGCUUUGGGAUGCAGAGAAGCGAGGUUCGUUUCUUUCUUCGGCAUGAACGCUCUCCCUGCCGGGAAGCAGGGACUGGACAAAGGUCUCAAGAUCCAGCCUUAAAGCGGAAUGGUGUGAAAGUGCCUGGUGAUCGAAGAAUAGAGAAUGGAGUCAGUGCUCCAAGGAUGGAUAUGACACUGGCUGAACUUCAGGAAAUGGCAUCACGCCAGCAGCAACAAAUUGAGGCUCAACAGCAAAUGCUGGCUAACAAGGAACAGCGCCUGAAAUUCCUGAAACAGCAAGAUCAGCGACAGCAACAGCAAGCUGCUGAACAGGAAAAACUGAAGCGAUUAAAGGAAAUUGCUGAGAAUCAGGAAGCCAAACUUAAGAAAGUGAGAGCGCUGAAAGGCCAUGUGGAGCAAAAAAGACUCAGCAAUGGGAAAUUAGUGGAGGAGAUUGAACAGAUGAACAGCCUGUUCCAGCAAAAGCAGCGCGAGCUGGUGCUGGCAGUGUCAAAGGUAGAGGAACUCACCAGGCAACUGGAGAUGCUGAAGAACGGCCGAAUUGAUGGUUACCACGACAACCAGUCCGCUGUAGCUGAGCUUGACCGUCUGUACAAGGAGCUGCAGUUGAGGAACAAACUGAACCAGGAGCAGAAUGCCAAGCUGCAGCAACAGAGGGAGUGUUUGAACAAGCGCAACUCGGAGGUGGCAGUCAUGGAUAAGCGUGUUAAUGAGCUGCGAGAGCGCCUGUGGAAGAAAAAGGCAGCUCUGCAACAGAAAGAGAAUGUACCAGUUUCUUCAGAUGGGAAUUUACCCCAGCCAGUGGCUUCUGCUCCAAGUCGAGUGGCAGCAGUAGGUCCUUAUAUCCAGUCCUCUACUAUGCCACGUAUUGCUUCCAGACCUGAACUUUUGGUGAAGCCGGCAUUUUCAGAUGGGACACAAGCUUUGCAGGUACCUGAUGGUCCACUAAAAACGCAGACUCUGCCCAACAUGAGAGCUGGGAGCAGUUCACAAGCUAAAGCUCCUGCAGAUUCUGUGGUCCCUGUUGCAAAACCUUCCCCGUCUGCCACUGACUGGAGUAGUUCAAAUGCAGACAAUCACAUUAGUCAAGCAUCAGCCUUCACUUCAGGAAAAGGAAUUGUGACUAGUGAAGGGCAAGCUGAAGGAGAAACUUUUUUACGAGACAAAGAGAAGAAAGUUCGUCCAUUCUCAAUGUUUGAUUCUGUGGACCAGUCUGCUGGACUAGGCACACUGAGAAAGAACCAGAGUAGUGAAGAUCUUCUGAGAGAAGCGCAGAUAGCCAAUAAAAAUGUAACGAAGGUACCACCACCUGUCCCCACUAAACCAAAACAGAUAAACUUGCCUUAUUUUGGACAAGCCAGUCAUCUGCAGCCUUCUGAUACUAAGCUGGAUGGAAACAUGCAGAAGCUGCCUUUGGCUAUUGUAACUAUGGGGAACAAACAAAAAACAGUGGCACAGCAGCCUUCCCAUCCUUCUCAGCAGAUACAGCAAAGAAUUUCCAUACCUCCUGCAGGUCCUUCUUCUAGCCAGGACCAAAUUCUUCCCUCCUCCAAACAGGAGAGUCCCCCAGCAGCAGCCGUGAGACCUUUUACCCCUCAGCCGUCCAAAGAGACCCCACUCCCACCGUUUCGAAAGCCUCAAACUGUGGCUGCAAGUUCAAUUUAUAGCAUGUACACGCAACAUCAGACUCCUGGGAAGAACUUCCAGCAGGCAGUGCAGAGUGCUUUGACAAGGGCACAGACCAGAGGACCGCACUUCCCAAGCGUGUAUGGCAAGCCUGUGAUGGCAGGAGCUGGUGUGCAGGAGCAGCUGCCACAGGCAGAGAACGUCUACUCAAACCUCCAAGGCAAGCCAGGCAGUCCAGAGCCUGAGAUGGAAACAACAGCCUCUGCUCAUGAGAAUCAUGAAACGGAGCGAAUACCUCGUCCCCUUAGCCCAACCAAAUUGCUGCCUUUCUUGUCUAAUCCGUACCGCAACCAGAGUGAUGCUGAUUUGGAAGCACUACGGAAAAAGUUGUCUAAUGCACCCAGGCCACUGAAGAAACGUAGCUCCAUUACUGAGCCAGAAGGACCUAAUGGCCCCAAUAUUCAGAAGCUGUUGUAUCAGAGGACCACUUUGGCUGCAAUGGAGACUAUCUCAGCUCCGUCACAUCCCUCCAAACAGACGGCGUCAGCUGCCAGUCCUGAAAGCCCAACAGAAAUCCCAAAUCCUUAUCUAAGUGCAGAAUCAGAAAAAGAAACAGCUUCUUCCAUGCCAGAACCAACUAUUGCUGAGGAAGCAGAGAACACACCAGCAGAUCAGAGCGAAGCUGUUCUUCCCUCUGUAGCUUUGGACACUGUACCUGAGGCAAUUUCAGAUGGCGAUGAACUCACGCAGCCGAAAAUGGAAGAACCAAGCCUAGAAGCUUCACUGCCACUGGAGGUAUACAUGGAAGAAUAUCCUCCAUACCCACCACCUCCCUAUCCAUCAGGGGAACCAGAGAGUCUGGGAGAGGACUCAUUCAAUAUGAGGCCUCCUGAAGUUACUGGACAGUUUUCCUUGCCUCCUGGGAAGAGGACGAACUUGCGUAAAACUGGCUCUGAGAGAAUUGGGCAUGGAAUGAGAGUGAAAUUCAAUCCCCUUGCGUUGCUUCUGGAUUCAUCUUUGGAGGGGGAGUUUGACCUCGUGCAGAGAAUAAUUUAUGAGGUUGAAGAUCCUAGCAUGCCCAAUGAUGAAGGGAUUACUGCACUGCACAACGCUGUCUGUGCUGGACAUACGGAAAUCGUGAAGUUCCUGGUACAAUUUGGUGUGAAUGUGAAUGCUGCAGAUAGUGAUGGAUGGACCCCAUUACACUGUGCAGCAUCUUGCAAUAAUGUGCAGGUGUGCAAGUUCCUGGUGGAGUCAGGUGCAGCUGUAUUUGCGAUGACCUACAGUGACAUGCAGACAGCUGCGGACAAGUGUGAGGAAAUGGAGGAAGGCUACACACAGUGCUCCCAGUUCUUAUAUGGAGUCCAGGAGAAAAUGGGAAUAAUGAACAAAGGAGUGAUUUAUGGACUCUGGGAUUAUGAGGCUCAGAAUGACGAUGAGCUCUCGAUGAAAGAGGGAGACUGCAUGACAAUCCUGCGCCGGGAAGAUGAAGAUGAAAUUGAGUGGUGGUGGGCACGGCUGAAUGACAAGGAAGGCUAUGUUCCCCGCAACCUGCUAGGGCUGUAUCCAAGGAUUAAACCUAGACAAAGAAGCUUGGCAUGA